CCCACCGUCUCCCCCAACCCCACUCACUCUCUCUCCCCUCCUCGAUCUGUCUUUCUAGUGAGAGAAACUAUGCACAUAUAUAUAGCGAUAGAGGAGAGAGAAAGCUAGAGAUUUCUCUUUCAAAAACUCUCUCUCUCUCUUGUUCGUUGCCUCCCUGUCUGCUCACCUCUCUCUCUCUCUCUCCAUUUUUAAACAAUUCGAUCUUCCAAACCCUAAAAUAAGAAGAGAGAGAAACGACCAGCUAUCUUCGUGAUGAUCUAGUUGUAGGAACUGAUGCACAUGCGUCUCCUCCUGGUUAUUUUGUUCGUCUGCAGAAAACAAGUUCUGACGAUCUUUAUUUGAGAAAGAAAGCAAGGAUGCGUAGGUGGUUGUGUUGCACUUGUCAAGUAGAAGAGUCCUACCCGUCAACUGACAAUGAGCCUUUCAAAAGCCCAAGAAACCAUGCAGAUGGGCAACUAAAAGGUCCAAAGGCAGCUCCUGUCAAAGCUGAUGUUCAGAAGGCUGUACCACCUAUUGAAGUGCCAGCACUAUCCUUGGAAGAGCUGAAAGAAAAAACUGACAAUUUUGGAUCCAAGGCAUUAAUCGGUGAAGGAUCCUAUGGACGAGUGUAUUAUGCAAACUUAAAUAAUGGAAAAGCUGUUGCUGUUAAAAAGCUUGACGUUGCGGCUGAGCCUGAGUCAAAUGUUGAGUUUUUGACUCAGGUUUCCAUGGUUUCAAGACUGAAACAUGACAAUCUUGUUGAGCUGCUUGGUUACUGUGUAGAAGGAAAUCUCCGCGUGCUAGCAUACGAUUUUGCAACCAUGGGAUCUCUACACGACAUCUUGCAUGGUAGAAAGGGAGUCCAAGGAGCGCAACCAGGCCCUGUUCUGGACUGGAUGCAACGGGUGAGGAUUGCUGUUGAUGCUGCAAGGGGAUUGGAGUAUUUGCAUGAGAAGGUUCAACCUUCUGUAAUACACAGAGAUAUCAGAUCUAGCAAUGUGCUUUUAUUUGAAGACUUCAAGGCCAAAAUUGCAGAUUUUAACCUCUCGAAUCAGGCUCCUGACAUGGCUGCUCGACUUCAUUCUACUCGAGUUUUGGGAACGUUUGGUUAUCAUGCACCAGAAUAUGCGAUGACUGGACAAUUGACACAGAAGAGUGAUGUGUAUAGCUUUGGGGUGGUUCUGCUAGAGCUUCUGACUGGCCGCAAACCUGUUGACCAUACCAUGCCGCGUGGACAACAGUCUCUCGUUACUUGGGCCACUCCAAGACUGAGUGAAGACAAAGUCAAACAAUGUGUAGAUCCGAAGCUCAAGGGCGAGUAUCCUCCAAAAGGAAUUGCCAAGCUGGCAGCUGUGGCAGCAUUAUGCGUGCAGUACGAGGCUGAGUUCCGGCCAAAUAUGAGCAUUGUUGUUAAGGCUCUCCAACCGCUUCUGAAGCCUCCUGCACCAGCUCCAGAGAUAUAAAAGCGAAUAAAUUCACUUCCUCAUAUUGGAUUUCUGGUGUCUUCUUCACAGUUUGGUUUCAUUUGUUGGCAAAUUUCGUUCUGCACUGUAUGCAUAUAUAUAUAUUUUUUUAAUUUUUAAUUUUCUUUUAAAAUUUUUUGGCAUUUGGGAUUGGAUGGCGUAGGCUUGGAUUGGCCGCGUUGUGCCUCUGGUUUGUUAAAACUGUUGUCGAUUUCAGUUUGUAAUUCUGGAGCGUUUGGGUUGUGCUGCGGAUAAAAUUUGCGAGGAGUAUCUGUUUGGAGGUGUUACUUUUGGCUUUAACAAUGAGUCUUGCAAAUCCCUUUUCGCUGGUUCUCGAAGCCAUGUUUGUUUGGAGUUAAAAAAAAGAAGAGUUUUUAUUAUAUAUAUAUGACAUUCUUCUUUUGGAUCA